AUGACUUUGUCUCCGCGCCCGCUCAAACCGCAUGAACGAAUCCUCACUAACGAUGAGGGUGCCAUCGACACUCCUAUAAGACCUGCGUCUCCCAUCCAUAACUUUGGUACUCUUGCCGUCCACGCUGGCGCCGCCCACGACCCAUCGACUGGUGCUGUAAUCGCACCCAUCUCUCUCUCCACAACUUUCGCGCAGACGGCCGUAGGCAAACCAGUCGGUGCCUACGAGUACUCCCGCUCCUCAAACCCCAACCGCGACAAUUUCGAAGAAGCUAUUGCGGCACUCGAACACGCCCGUUAUGCCCUCGCGUUCUCUUCUGGCAGCGCUACGACUGCGAACAUCCUACAAUCUCUUGCCGCCGGUAGCCAUGUAAUCUCGGUGAGCGACGUCUAUGGUGGUACACACCGCUACUUCACCAAGGUCGCGCUCGCGCAUGGUGUAGAGGUCACCUUCUCGCCCUCUAUCGAACUCGACGUAUCGGAGCUCAUAAAACCCUCUACGAAGCUCAUCUGGAUAGAAUCCCCUUCAAACCCAACACUCUCGCUUGUCGACAUCCGCAAUGUCGCCACAGUCGCACAUCAACAUGGUAUUCUCGUUGUAGUGGACAACACCUUCCUCUCCCCAUACGUUCAGAACCCACUCGAUUUCGGUGCCGAUAUUGUUGUGCACUCCGUAACCAAAUACAUUAACGGCCACUCAGAUGUCGUUAUGGGCGUGGCAGCCUUUAACUCCGACGAAUUGAGAGAGCGCCUCUCCUUUCUCCAGAAUGCGAUCGGUGCAGUUCCAAGUCCGUUCGACUGCUGGCUUGCGCACCGCGGCGUCAAGACCCUGCAUUUGCGCGCGCGAGAGGCAAGUAAGAACGCGACAGCCGUGGCCACGGCGUUGGAAGCCUCGCCGCAUGUGAUCGCGGUCAACUAUCCUGGACUCGAUUCCCACAAGCAGCGGGGCAUUGCGAUCAAACAGCACCGGGACGGUAUGGGCGGCGGCAUGCUGUCGUUUCGGCUAAAAGGAGGGCACGCGGCAGCAGAACUGUUCUGCCAAAGCACACGCAUCUUUACUCUAGCGGAAAGCCUAGGUGGUAUCGAGAGCUUGUGUGAGGUACCGAGUGCCAUGACUCACGCAGGCAUUCCGCGGGAGCAGCGCGAGGCCAUCGGUGUGUUCGAUGAUUUGGUGCGUCUAAGCUGUGGCGUGGAGGACGCAGCGGAUUUGAAGAAGGAUGUAUUGCAGGCCCUGGAGAAGGCCGUGGUGGGACCGAAGAUCACGAAUGGGUUGAACGGCAUCAAAAUUGGUAACCAUUGA